AUGGCGCCGGGAAUUGAUAUGAGUGACAAGAACGCCUGGGACGACUCCUUCCUACAAGAUUCCUGGAACGACGCUGUGGCUGAAUAUGAGAAAUACCACAGCAUCGCUAGAUCAGGCAGACGCCUAGAAGACGCCCUGACUGAAGAAGAGCUGAAGGAGCUGCGUGAAGAUAAUGGCGACCUGAUAGGCGAGGUAGAAGCAAUUCCUGAAGUUGUCGCCGAGGCGAACGGCAAUUCGGACCAGAUGGAUGCCGAGGAAUCAAUGCAAGAGACGGAAGGGGUCGAGCAAGUUGUUCAAGCGGAGCUCCCACCGCAGGAAACCACAGCAUCCGAAGAGCUCAAUCAACCCCAGUCAGCAAAUGCAGGAACCGCAGCGCCACAUGACAAUGUCUUCGCCGCGAUGCCUCAGGCUCUGUUAGGAACAGUUCAAGACGAGAACCUCAAGAACAUUAUGAUGUCGUGGUACUAUGCAGGGUACUACACAGGCCUGCACGCGGGUCAGCAGCUUCCAAGAGAUGCUCCGCCAAAGCAGUGA